GAAUCAGAAGGCGGCGGCAUUUUUUCCGAAUCAACCCGGAGUUCCGCCCAUCCCCGAAGCCAUGUCCGGCCGAGGACAGACCUACAUUGGCGACCGGGAGCAGCGCGUCACCGUGCCGCUCCCGCGCACCAUUCAGGAGCUGAAGGGCCAUGCCCACAAGCACUUCGGUGCGAAGCACACCUCCAGCAACCCCCUGCGCAUGUACCAUCAUGGCAAGGUGAUGAUCCAUCAUCCAAAUCACAUGACCAAUGUGAAGGAUGAAGAUGUUGUGGUUGUCACCUUGGGCGAGGAUGACCAGGGGCCGCCGCCGGUGUCCACGCACCAAGCGCACUUCGUGCCGCACCCCCUGCAGGCGAAAAAGCCUCCAGCGGGGACUGAUGGACCCAGAGAGAAUGUGCCGUUCGACGGGAAGUCCAGCUACAACGUGGACUAUAUCCCCCACCCGCUGCAGGGCCGAGACUCUGCGAAGCCGCCCCGGGACGGCUGGGAGCCCGGGAAGAACGGCCGGACUGGCAAGAGCACCUAUGCUGCCGAGUUCCCAUGGCACACGGCCAAGCCGCCGGAGAAGGGUAACAAGCAGGCCCCUCCCGGCCAGAGUGUUCCGUUCGAGGGGCUGUCUUCCUACCAGCACGACUACAUCAAGCAUCCCAAUCGCCCCAGGUCCGCCUCCGGGCGCCCCCGGCCGAAGCUCCCGGCCACGGGGCCCUUCGACGGGACGACGACUUAUACAACGGACUACAAGAAGUUCCAGGUGCCGCAUGCCAGGCCUCAGCGUCUGGAUGCGCGGCCUUCGGACCCGAAGCCGUUCGAAGGCUCCUCAGAGUACCGCCGCGAGUACCUGAAGCACCCGCUUUCUGGUCCGGAAGUGCUGCACAUCGAGCCGGAGCUGCACAAUCCGCAUGUGAUGAGGAUCGGGCUUCGGCCGGCCACGGUGAAAUAGCUGCGAGAAAAGUGACGUGGAGGGCCGAAGUUUCGAGCUGCCAUUGGUACAUACGCCAACAAGAAUCUGAUAAUUCAGAAUCUGGCACUGGCUUGCUUGUGGAUUUGCUGUGGC